UGCUCUAUUUCCCAUAUUUUUCUUCCUUUUUUCAUUUUUUCCCUCAUUUUUGCAUUUCCGCUACAAAUUACAUCGCUUCUUCGCUCUGUGCAUUUGUAGUAACCGAGCAAUAGAUGUACUUUAAAUGUUAACUGCUCAGUCGUAAAUCGUUAACUGCUGUUGAAUUUAAUGUAUUUCCCCUGCACAUGUAACUAUUUCAGGCAAACCUUUUCUUUCUUUACUUAAUCCCCUCCGAGGGAAAAAAAAGGGAAAAAUCUGCAGAUUUUGCGAUAUCUCAGCGGCCGUCGAGUCUUCGCCUCUUUGCCAUUCCACCACGUGGCUUCUUUUAUUCUCUCUAAACCUUAGAAGAAUUUCGCUCCCUUUUCUCAGUUGAGGAAUAAAAAACAUCCGCCUCUCCAAUUUAUUCAAGGGAGAAUCGCCCCUUUUUUUAUUAAACUGGGCUCGCUUACUCUGAUCUUGUGACCCAAAGUUAAAGCUCUAGUAUAAACAACAGCUGAUCGAAAUUUAGUUGAGCAGCGCUAGACGAGUGCGUUUCUGAUGGCGUCCGCAUCCGAAAGCGGUAAUAACAGUCCCCAGGCCCAGCCACCCGCUAACCCCCCGAGUGAAAUUAAAGCCAAUUCCACGGGGGGACCAUCACCGCCAGAAGAGUCUGGAAACGCCGCUAUCGAAGAGUCGAAGAAACUGCUCAAAACAGCAGAAGACAGUGUGCCCCUGCCCCACUUCAUAACAGUCGGCAUAAUCAUCUUAGUGAUAGGCGCAGUUCUCCUCGGUCUCUACUUCCUCUGCUGCAAGUUCCUUAGGAAGAAAAAGAAGGGCAAAAAGGCGGAGAAGAAGGGACUCCUUGGCAAAGGAGGCGGUGAUGUGAACUUCGGCCAGCAGCCCUUAGGACACGAGGACGAUGACGAUGAAGUCGAGGAAGUGGAGAAGGAGAAGGAAGAAGUGGAUGAAAAGGCACAGUUUUUGGGUAGUUUGAACUACACUGUGGAUUAUGAUUUCACGUCUAAUCAACUGACUAUCGGCAUCAUCAAAGCGACAGACCUCGUAGGCAUGGACAUGAGUGGAACCUCGGAUCCCUAUGUCAAGAUCUACCUCAUGCCCGACAAAAAGAAGAAGCAAGAGACCAAAGUUCACAGGAAGACUUUGAACCCGAUUUUCAACGAGAGUUUCCAGUUCAAAGUGCCCUUCGCGGAGAUAGGAGGCCAGACACUGGUGUUGGCCGUGUAUGAUUUUGAUCGGUUCUCCAAGCACGAUAUGAUUGGCCAGAUUAAGUUGAAUUUGAACUCGAUUGACCUGGGCCAGACUUUUGAGGCAACUAAAGCGUUGAGUCCUCCCGAUGACGACAAAGAAUAUCUCGGUGACCUCUGUUUCUCGCUUCGUUUCGUGCCCAAGGCGGGCAAACUGACGGUGAAUGUGCUGGAGGCUAAGAACCUGAAGAAGAUGGACGUGGGGGGACUCUCUGACCCAUUUGUGAAGAUAGAACUGAUGCAGAGUGGGAAGAGAUUGAAGAAGAAGAAGACGACGAUCAAGAAGAGGACACUAAACCCUUACUUUAACGAGAGCUUCCUCUUCGAAGUACCCUUCGAGCAGAUCAGUAAAACUGAACUGCGAAUCACUGUGUACGAUUACGACAAAUUGGGAAGCAACGACGCCAUCGGCUUAGUUCACGUCGGCUACACGGCCAGUGGAGCGGGCUUGCGUCACUGGACUGACAUGAUCAACGCCCCUAGGAGACCCAUAGCCCAGUGGCAUACGCUUCAGGAAAUCGAAGGCGGCGACAAGUAGACAACUAAAUAAGACGAAAAUGUGAUUAGGUGCUGAUGGGAAUUAAAACACAAACUGCUUCACAAAAUUGCUUAAAAAAUAGUUCAAAAUCUCGGAAGAUCAAAAAGAGACGCCUUGUUGGAACCAAAACAUUAACUGGCCUUAUGCAAACGACGUGUGAUCACCAAACACAUGAGGAUUAACUAAAUUCACGGGGCGGAAAAACUCGAUUUGAAAUUUUUGGCAGUUAGUUUCAUGGGUGCAUGUUAAGUGUACAUUUUUGCUUUUAACUUGAACGCAAAAAUCAAAAGAAUUUGAGAAAAUAAGAAAAGCUGUCAGCUCGAAAGGAAGUUCCAAAAGGACGAUAGAAAAAUAAAUCCGUUUUGAAAUUUGUUUAAAUUUAUAUAAUUCUUUCAGGAUGAUAAAAACCUCUAAUUAAAAACCUAUACACCUUAGAUGUAAAAAUUGAAAGUACCAAUAAGCUAUGUAUGUUUGCUGGAUUGAUAUUGUAUCCCUUAUAUUCUAUCAAAUAUUCAAUUUUAUUUGCUAAAUGCUUAGAUUUAGUGCUCUUGUAACUUAUUUUUGGUAGUUCACAAUAAUUUAAACAUUACGCCAUCAAAUAACUGUAAUCGCCCAUAAAAUAAAUAAAAAGUGCUAAUCGCAAAAAUGAGUCACCAACAAUUUGAAUUAAUGUCAUUGAUCUAUAUGAAUCCAAAUUCAUAUCGAAUUCAAUUUUCAAUAAUGGUUGUCGA